AUGGGUUUCAUGGAAUUCUACCUGGAGAUUGACCCCGUCACCCUCAACCUCAUCAUCCUGGUCGCCAGCUAUGUCAUCCUGCUCCUGGUCUUCCUCAUCUCCUGCAUCCUGUACGACUGCCGGGGCAAAGACCCCACCAAGGAGUACGCCCCCGACAACACGCCGGCGCCGCCCAGCCAGUCACCAAUACGCCUGGUGGUCAUGCAGAACUCUCCCGCCUCGUCCCGCUACGAGCCCAACAACACGGCCGGCCACGGGGAGCUGCCCACGCCAGACCUGAGCCGGGACAGAGGAGAGAGGGAGCGGGACAGAGAGAGGGAGAGAGAGCGGGAGAAGAGGAGUACUCUGGUGUGA